UUUUCGCGGUGCACUGAAACUUUCCUUGUUAUUAACUCCUUCGUCAUUUCCAAUCCUGUUAUGGCAUUUGGACUCCGAACCAAGAGCUUUGGGUUCAUAGAAGGAGAGCCUGAGUUUGUGAGUGCAUUCCAAUGGUGGAACCAGAUUGAUGACUCGGAUCAAUGGCAGAGAGGCACUUACUAUGCCCUUUGUGUCGCUUAUACCUUGGUCUCAUUUAUGAUCCAACACUGAUGUUUCUCUAUGAGGGUCAUUGUUUUGCAACCCCUGUGAACUCUGAAUGCGUAGGUUUUCUUCAUGCAGAAUGUGAAUGGUUGUCUUUUGGUGCCUGAGAUGUGAAUUGUGUGCCAAUUUGGUACAACUGGUGCGAAUUCAAAUAAGGGUACCUGAAGAUGGGUGGACAAUGCAGAAGAUUUUCCACUUGAUGAACUUUGUUGUCAAUGGAUUGAGGGCUGUCCUUUUCGGUUUAUACAAAAGUGUUUUUGCAAUAAGAGCAAAGGCACUAGAGCAGAUGUUAAUGGAGCUUCCUAGUCUUCUGUUUUUUUCUACGUGUACAUUGCUUGUCUUGUUCUGGGCUGAGAUAUAUCACGAGGUAUGUUUACUUUCUUUUGGGAGAACUACAUUAACAGUCAUUAUUUUAUGGAAUAUUUUCUUUAUCUGUCUCGAAUGUAUUCAGGCAAGAAGUGAACCCUCACAGAAACUUAGGCCUGCUUAUGUUAUUAUUAAUGGUUUUAUUUACUUGGUACAGAUCUGCCUCUGGAUUUACAUGUGGAUUUACAUGAUUGCAAGCAAACCUGCUACAGGCUUGGAAGCUGCAGAACUCUUCCUUUCAGUUAUAUCAUUCUUUUCUCUUCUUGGAUUUUUGUUGUACGGUGGAAGGUUGUUUUUCUUAUUGAGGCGUUUCCCCAUUGAAUCUAGAGGCCGUCAAAAGAAACUUUACGAGGUUGGGUCUGUUACUAGUAUUUGUUGCACUUGUUUUCUGAUAAGAUGUGCUUUGCUUGCAUUUUCUGUAUUUGGUAAGAAUACAGAUCUUGAUGUCUUGAACCAUCCCAUUCUUAACCUGGUUUACUAUUUGAUGGUAGAGAUUGUUCCCUCAGCGUUGGUGCUCUUCAUACUGCGAAAGCUGCCCCCACGACGAGUUUCUGACCAGUACCACCCCAUUAGAUGAGUUGUGCAUUUAAAAGCCUCCCACCAACACUCAAUGUCUGUUCCUUUAUAUCUUCAGUCUGAGAUGGUCCAUAACCUUUUUUUUCUACAUAUCUUCGGUCUGAUAUGGUCCAUAACUGUUCUGUAUAUUCAUAAUUUCCUUUUAUUCAAUUAAUGUCGUUUAUUCUCUAAACUACAUCUCCUUUCUAUUUCUGUUUUUCUAAAGUGAAAACUAGCAUUAAAGAAACCGUGUCCACUAUCUAGCCUAUGCUUUACUAUUACUAUUAAUUAUGAUACUUGGAAACUAAAAAUUCAGUAAAAGUGAAAAUAAGGUUCAUGUUAAUAAUAAUAGGGAUGGUAAUGGGUCCGGAUAGUAUUAUAAUAUUUGUCUCAAUAAUCAUAACUCUUGCAGUCAUAACUCUUGCAGUCUGUAACACGCGUGAAGAAGGAUUCAAAGAGAGUGGGAAAAUUGGUGGAGAGUGAGGGCCACGUGGCAAGCAAUGAGGAGAAGGCAGAGGUGCGUAAAAGCACACAUAUGAGAAGAGAGUAUAAAAAUGCGUGGAUUCACCCAAUUCCACCCAUUGAGGACAAGUGUGGAAUGAUUCAUCCCAAAUUGAUUUCUCAGAAGUUAUGGCCACUGCAACCACAUUUUCUUCUUUCAUAAAUUAUUUGCUCCCUCAAUUUUUUGUUGAUUGUUGUUACAAACAAUAUACAUUUCUUUUCUAUUAAUACAAAAGCAAUUUUUUGUUCCCUCAAAUUCUAGAAGAACUGGUACAUUGGUGU